AUGGACCGUUCUAGUCAGGAUAUUGACCUUGAGUCUCUUGGCUCGAUUGAUUCAGCCCAUCAUCAACCAGUCCCAGAACGAACAGUCUCUCGUACUGACACCAACACCGAUGAAGCUGCCUUGGAAGAGUUCGAGCCGAGCAUCUUGGAGCGAGCUGUGGAUUCAAUCUGGGGUAAAUUCUCAUCGAGCGAUGGAAGCGACCAGGUACCUCAUCCUGACCGUGGUUGGAGGUCAUGGUGUAGCAUCCUGUCAUGUCAUUUGAUCUUUAUGAACACUUGCGGUUGGGUUAACUCUUCCGGUGCUUUCCAGAUGUAUUACACUGAGAAUACGUCUCUUCCCGCAGGCAAUAUCUCAUGGAUCGGAUCUAUCGGCGCUUGCUUUCUCUUCUUCUUUGGGGCUCUGACGAGCUGCCUGGUCUAUGCUAAUACUGUUUGCUGGAUCUUCAGUAUAGGCAUUAUCCUGCAGUUCUUCGGUCUCAUUCUUACUUCGGGCGUUUUGAUCGGCUUGGGUCACGGUCUCAUCUUCUGUCCUGCUCUUGCAGUUCUCUCAACUGACUUUGCGACACGAAGACCCCUUGAGAUCGGUGAAGCUGGUCACCUUGAUCCUCGCGCUGAUACUGGUCAAACCCAAACAUUGUAUUCACGAACCGCCUUCAAUGUCCCCCUCUCUUCUGAGAAAUCACUACAACUGCUCGUAAUCUUCAACGGCACUGGUAUUGUCGGCUACUUUGCCACGUUCGUGACAGGGCGUGCCUAUUGGAUUAUCAAUAUAUUAACACUAGUCACGCUAGCCGCAUCACUAUUCCUAUACUUUUGGAUAGCCGUACAAAAUUCUGUGGGCCUCUGUACAGAGUCUUUUGUCUACGGGCGUGUUGUCGUUCACAGGGGAUCAGGACAGGCGCGGGUGAGAGCCAGCAUGACGUUCAUGGUCGCGAGCAUUGCGGCGUUGACUGGACCGCCCAUUGCAGACGCAAUCAUAGAGCUACAAGGGAGCUAUAUGGGUGCGCAAGUUUUUGGCGGGUCGGUGACACUGUUGGGUUUUGCAAUUUUGGUUGCAGCGAGGAUUAUGUGGAUGAAAAGAACCAGCGUUGGAUGGUUAGAAAAGAAUCUGAGCAUCCACGGAUUCUGA